AUGGCGAACAAGUACUGGAAGACGAGCGUGUCUUUGUUGACUGCGAAAAUACCGAACACCCAGGUGAGGCCCAGCACGGAUGACGCGCAACUGGACAAGAAAGACCCUAACAUCAGUCAAAUUUCAGUCAAAGUUAAACAAAAUCCGUCUGGAUCAGCACCUACUUCCGGUUUACCUUAUUUCGAACUCGAUCAACCUUAUUUUGAACCGGAAGUAAUGUACGAAUUCCCAACUUCAUCGUCCUCUCCAAGAAUUCCACACAUCAUCCACCAGACCUACAAGACCGAGGCAAUACCGAUGGAUUUUCAGAAGAAUGUGCAGUCUUUUAUUCGUUUCAAUCCAAACUGGAAGUACAUGUUUUGGACCGACGAGACUGCCAGACAAUUCAUACAGGCAAUGUAUCCAGACUUCCUAGUGGUUUGGGACAAUUACAGAAACAACGUAAACAAGGCGGACGCUCUCAGGUACUUCGUUCUGUAUGAAUUCGGUGGAAUCUAUGCUGAUCUAGAUUUUGAGUGCCUACGGCCUCUUGACCCGGUGACUCGGAAGUACGCCGCCAUUUUCCCGUUGGAACCUUUUGAACACAGCGCUCUUCGGUAUGAGAUCCCCUUCCUGCUGAACAACGCAAUCAUGAUGUCUAGACCGAGGCAUCCCUUCUUGAAGCACAUGAUUGACAAUCUGUCUGCGUUCCAGGCCUUGUGGGAGCAACUUGACGUCGCCGGUCCCUGUUUUGUAACAACGAAUUUCAUGUCAUAUAACAACUUCACGGCAGAGCUCGGUCAGCAGCUGGAGCAUGCACGUCGCGAUCGGGGGGAGAGUCACUCGCUGAAGAUUUUCUUGAAGACUCAGAAGAAUCGCCAAGCGGAAUGGUAA